AUGGCAUCCCACAUACCUACCCAGUGCAUUGUCAUCUCAGACACACACGGGGAUGAGCUUGACUAUCAACAUCUAGAAGUUGAUGUCGCUAUACACUGCGGAGACCUCACCGAAGAAUCAAAGAUCGACGAAUUUCGAUCAUCAAUCCAGCUACUUAAGAGCAUCAAAGCACCCUUGAAGCUGGUCAUCGCAGGCAACCAUGACUGGACCAUGGACGUCCCCACGUUCAAGAAAAAAUUGGCCGAUAUUCCAUCUCCAGUUGACGAGGAAGUUGUCAGGAAAUCCUACGGCGGUUUUGGCGAAGCAAGACAGCUGUUUGGAUCAGAUGACGCCAAGGCAGCAGGUAUCGUCUUUCUGGAAGAAGGUACUCACCAUUUCAAGCUCAAGAACAAGGCCGUUCUAACCGUCUAUGCAAGUCCCUUCACGCCUUCCCUAAGUGAGUGGGGCUUCCAGUAUCCUCCCGAAGACGGACACGACUAUCGCAUUGGCCAAGAUGUCGACAUCGCAAUCACACACGGCCCGCCUCGAGGCAUCUUCGACUACGCCGAUUCCAAAAAGCGAUACGGAUGCCCAAAUUUAUUUACUGCCGUCGCUCGAGCCCGACCAAAGAUGCAUUGCUUUGGUCAUAUGCACGCACAGUGGGGCGCGAAGAUGAUCACCUGGAAGAGCGAGCUCCACGAGCCUGUGUCGCAUUUCACUGCCAUCGACAACGAUCGGUCCGUUGUCGUUGAGACGCUGGCUGGUGUGCAUGCGAAGAAAUAUGAUUCGGCGGAUGUUGUGGAAGAGAAAACUAAGAAAGCAGCAAAAUUGGAACGCGAGGGUUGCUGCAAGAUUGAAGAGACUCCAGAACCCGGCAAACAGACACUGUUCGUGAAUGCCGCGAUAGAAGGGACUGAGGAGCAUCCUCACCAAGUUCCAUGGAUUGUCCAGAUUCCGCUUCUGCCAGGUUGA